AAUCAAGCAUCGGUUAUCCCGCUUCACUUGUGGUGGCGUCUAGGGUUUUAUUGUUAUUGACUAACACAACCACUACCAAUCACAUGGCCGGAGCUGGAAUCCACCCAUACCACCAGCAGUGGCCGCCGGCAGCUGCUCCUCCGCCUCCACCCGCUGCGGCUGCUGCCCCUCCUCCUCCUCCUAUCCAUCAUCCUCCUCCGGUCCUUGUUGAUAAUAGCAAUCGCGGUCCUACGCACGAUGAGGUUCGAACAAUAUUCAUUACGGGGCUUCCUGAAGAUGUGAAGGAGAGAGAGCUUCAGAACUUAUUGAGAUGGCUACCAGGAUAUGAGGCUUCACAAGUGAACUACAAGGGAGAAAAGCCUAUGGGUUUUGCUCUCUUCUCCACUGCCCAGCUUGCUAUUGCUGCUAAAGACGCUCUUCAGGACAUGGUUUUUGAUGCGGAAUCCAAGUCAGUGUUGCAUACAGAGAUGGCAAAGAAGAAUCUAUUUGUGAAAAGAGGAAUAGUAGCAGAUUCUAGUGCUUAUGAUCAAAGUAAACGUUUGAGAACUGGUGGUGACUAUUCUCACACUGCUUAUACAACUCCAUCUCCAUUUCACCCUCCUCCUGCCCCCGUCUGGGGACCACAUGGGUAUAUGGCCCCUGCUCCACCUCCAUAUGAUCCAUAUGCAGGCUAUCCUGUUCCUCAGGUACCAAUGCCAACCCCUGCACCGAUACCAGCUCCUAGCAGUUAUGUACCUGUUCAGAAUACAAAAGAUAACCCUCCUUGUAAUACCCUAUUUAUUGGUAAUCUUGGAGAGAAUAUCAAUGAGGAAGAACUGAGGGGUCUAUUCAGCGUACAACCUGGCUUUAAGCAAAUGAAAAUUUUGAGACAGGAAAGACAUACUGUUUGUUUUAUUGAAUUUGAAGACGUGAACAGUGCAACCAAUGUGCACCGUAGUUUGCAAGGUGCUGUUAUCCCAAGCUCUGGUUCUGUUGGCAUGCGAAUACAGUACUCAAAGAACCCAUUUGGUAAGAGGAAAGAUGCAAGUCACCCUGCUGCUUCUCCCAGUGCCAAUGGAGCUCCACCAACUAUUACCUACCAGUAGCUCGAAGGGGAUGUACUCUGAUCCUUAUGCACCGAGAAAUACAUGAUAGGAUGCAUCUUGCAGCUGUUGCAUGCAUCCAUUUCAUAUUCAACAUCAGCAUUAGCAUCUCUUCUCAUGUGCAUGAAUGCACACAGUGCUGUCAUGAACGCACCAUCUGUUCAUGUUAUACUAAUUUCUCCUGGACAUGCAUUUGUCAGCACCAUAUGUUGAUGUGUGGAUAACCUAAUAGGGCAGAUAUAUUUACCAUUUGUAGAAGUGGUGCAUCGCAGUUUUUUUGUUAAAUUUGUGUGUCUGUUUAAUUCUUUUCUGCCUUUUGUCCAUAUUCUACAUCAAUAUUAGGGAUGCUUGUCUGGAUAGACAUUUUUCUGCUUGUGAAAUUCUCAUGAUUUACAUUACAUUUCCUAACAUGGCAUCCUAAUGCAGUUGAGAGUAACAUAUCAUGAUACAAAGUUUUUAACAAGACAAUUCAUACCAUCAAUCAUGUAUUCUUAGCCAUUGCCACCAUCAACAUGUCUCUAGUCAGUUCCAUGAACGGAAUCAAUCUUCCCUUCAUCAGUUAAGCAAAAAAUUAUCAUAAUGGUUUAGCAUUCAGGUAGUUAACAGCAUAAUCAUCGGAAGAAUGUCAGGGAAAUAUAUGCCCUUGUGAUUUAUAUGCAGGCUUUUCUGUACAAAGUGAGAAGCUACCAUUCAUUUGAGGACGUCAAGUGCUGCAGCUGCUUUUAGUAACUGGUAAUGUCCCUUUUUUGGCAAACAUCCUCGUUUGGAUGUUUGAUUGACAAUUCUUAAGGUGGAAAUUUUGUUGGAUUUCAACUGAAGCAAACAUCAGGUAAGUAGGGGAGCUUGAGAUUGCCAUGGCGGUGGCGAAUUUUCUUAACAUGCGAGGGACUUUUGGGUCGAUCUUUGUGGUAGUUGUUGCCAUUCAACAAAUUGAGUAGGUAGAGAGAAUCAUGGGUGAGGGAAAGAUAUCAUAGCAGGGGAAUAUAGUUUCACUAGUAAGUCUUUAACACCAAUUGGGUCUGUCUACUGUCCUCUUUACUCUUUAUAGAGUGCCCUUCUAGCUGUUAUGCUGCUCCAUGGUACUGUCCCUAAUUUAACAGCAUUAUUGUUACAAUAGUUUGGGCUUAAGUGCUGAUUUUCAUAGCAAUUUUUAUUUUUUCAAAUAGUAAA